AUGGCCUCCCCACCAGAGUCGAUUACGACCGUGAAUGGGAGACGAUGCACACGUUCUCGGGCCCGGACGCUCGCCACAAGCGCACCACCAUCGACUUCAUCCAUUGCGACGACUGCCGAUGUCACAAGCUCGACUACCGUGCAAAACACGCCGCAAAUACAGACCAGUGCUCCUGAGGCACUCUCCAAGCCUCCUCAACCGCCGUCGCUCCCGCCCCCGCCGUCGUCAGCACCACUUUCUCCACCAUCGUCUCCUCCACCACCGCCCCCGCCGUCGUCACAACCACCAUCGCUACCACCGCCACUAGCACCACCACCUUCAGCACAAGCGCCAUCGUCAUCGCCUGCACAGGCACCAGCAUCGUCGUCAUCGGCACCGCCAGCUACCUCUUCGACUCCGCCGGUGCCCGCAGAACCGGCACUCCAGGGAUCGGCUGAUGGCCUUGCAACGCCCACAGCAGACCCAUUAGCAGGAACUUCGCUGACAGGUACGCUAAGUGCAGUCCCCACAUCUUCCUCUGCGCGCAUAAAACCACUUGCUCUUGCGUCUGAUAGCCCUGCCACGGCUUCCUUGACUGCGCCUUCUUUGACUACGCCUUCUCUGAGCACGUCUUCUUUGAGUACGUCUUGUUCGGCUACGUCUUCUUUGCCCACGCCUUCUUUGCCUACGCCUUCUCGGGCGACGCCUUCUCUGAAGCAGCCAGCAAAGGCUCAAGCCACGGCUUCGGCCAAAGUGCCUUCGCAGGCUGCUGCAGUAUCACCAGUUCGUCCUACGAGCACAACACCAACAAGCUCUGACACAAUAUCAACAGCUACCCCUACACAACCUGUUGCAACCGCGGGGCCGUCGGCUGGCUUCACUGGGCCGGCUGCAUCCGACGCUGCCGGGUCUGUGGAGACGAACACGAACCCGGCGAUUCCUCUCGAAUCCAUCACGAGUUCGCAAACGCCAGUUCCAGAUUCUCCAGCCCUCGGUGAACCACGGCCAACGGUUUCCGCGACGAGAGGGUCUGCUGGCAUCAUUGCGCCCAGCCAGGGGUCGCCCGAUGACGACAGUCCCUUGACCCUCGGAGCAAAUGGAAAUAUCACAGGCGUCCUGGGAGGCGUCUUUGGUGGAAUUGCCGGAUUGGCCUUGAUUAUUGGGCUGCUCUUUCUUUACCUGCGUAAACGCAAAUCAAGGCCAGUGAGAUGGAACGAGAAGAGGCAAACCAACUCCAGUUUCCUUGAAAGGAUAAGGACAAUACCGACCGGACUGAGCGCAUUUGUUGCAAGACUAAAAGGAACCCAAACCGGAUCUACCAGCAACCCUUAUCAGCGACACGUGCCAAAAGCCAGCGUCGACUCUCUAUACGCAAGAGACGCCAACGGACGAGCUCGAUCAAACAGUGAGGGGCAGGGCGUACUUGGCGUCCAGCGUGCGGGUUCCAACAACAGCAGGCCAAGCAAAGAUGGCAAGAGGAACGGGCUUCGCCAAAAGCCAAGCAAUGUGUCCAGCUAUCGAUUCCCUGGCAUUAUAGAGGAUACAGGCUCGCCAAAUCCAUUCGCCGACCCACGGCAGACGAAUCAACUCCUAGUACUCAACCCCGAUCCACUUAGCACACCUGCGACACCCCAAAAGCCCGAAGCUACUGCAGAUCCUGAACCAAGAGAUCCGUUUGCAUCUAGCUAUGAUCCACCAGAAGCGGCACCGGCUUGGGAAAAGGGCCAUCAACGUGGAAUGAGCUCAAUUUCGGGGCACAGCUCACAAAAUUCCUGGUCAAUCUACACCGGCGACGACCCAUUCAGAGAUUCCUCGAAUGUACCCCCAAUGCCAAACCAGGCCGUGUUGCCUGGGCAUACCCGCCGCCGUUCUUCGAUGGCUUUGCCAAAUUUCAAUCCAGCUACGACAUUCGAUGCAAACUCGACUUUUGCGACCCGUGACUCUAGCUUUUUUUUCGGGGAGCCAGGGCCGAGUAGACCUGCAACCAACAUGUUCACGCCAGCCUUGCCUACUCGUCGAACAAUUCGGCAAUCGGAUCCGUUCGAUCUUGACAGACCUGAAGUGCUCAGCUUUGGCAGCGUCAGCAGCGGAAAAGAUUUCAGGGCUAGCUUCGGUCGACAGCCCAGCAGAAACAAACGCAACAGCAGCAAAGGGUUUAAUUUUUGGACCCCUGCUGCAGACGGUACCUCCAACAACCCGGGUCCAGCGGACAGCAUGAGACAGCCUGGCUGGGUUCCAGGCAGAGGAAAAUGACGACAAAGACUGGAUUUCACAGCAAGAGAAAACUAACGCACAAGCUGCUGCCAAGGAGCGCACAAGAUGCGGUACAUAAUGAGCAAACAUGUUGUUGCACGAUGAUUUUUAUUUUCAACGAUGGCAGGAAGUAUUCCGCGGGUUCCAUCAUGUCCUUCUUUUCUAAUAUGUUUUUUGUUGCAACCACGACCAUCAUUACCAGCAUGACCAC